CCCCCUGGUCGUAUACAUGUGUGGUUAUGUGUAUAUUGUAGUCCCUGUGUUAACUAUGUGCAUGUGAAACUAUAUAUGUAUGUGGUAUGAAACUUAUAUUUCCCAGUACCAUACUACUUGUGCAUGUUCAGCACUAUGAUACAUCUUUUAUUUCUAGUUCAUAUAUUCCUCCUAUGUACUUGUGAUAUGUACGUGCUUUUGAUGUGAAUCACUUCUGUCCUUGUCCCAUUAUCUUUGUUCUGUGUUUUUCUUCUUUUAUAUAACUACUAGUUAUAUUUGUGAUCAUAUAUUAGUACUUCCUUUUUGUCGAUGUUGAUGUUCUGUGUGUUUAUUUUAGUUUCUCAAGUAUAUGAAAAUACCAAAAAGACAGAGAGUAUAAUCUGAACCUUCCUUUGCUUCUUUUCAUUUUCUUUUGUCGAUGAUUUUUCCCGAAUGAUCUUAGUUAGUCUAGAUUUAAUAUUCUGCUUUCAUCACCCAAUAUUGUGUUACCUAGAUUUAGCCGAGCGUUGUUGCCGUCGCCUAGUCCCUGUGGAGAACACGACAUCCGUAGUUUGGGCAUAAAAAACCAUGCUAUAUUACAAUUGAUCAUUUUGGCGCCGUUGCCGGGGACUAGCGUCGAGCGUUUGUGUGAGGCUUUAGACUAGGUUUAGCUUGUUUCCUUUUUGUGCCUUAUAUAUUUGUGAUAUAUCUCUAGCCACUAACCCCUGUUAUAGUUAGUAUCUUUUUGUCUUCUUUUCCUUUUUUGCAGGUUGGAUUAUCCUCUCGGUUAUGGCUUACUAUUCAGAUCAUCAGGCUUAUGCGAGCAACACUACAAACAGCACGGAAAGUGUUCAAGAACUGAUAGGGAUUUAGGUAUGAAGAGGAGAGCCACAACUAUGGUCCACAACAGAUUUAUUCAGCUCCUACUCAUAUACCUCAACACCAGGACAUGUUGCCAAUGGAGUUAAAUGGUCCUCCAUUUGGUCAACCAACAUCUUCAACACAAGUGCCCACUCAAGAUGAGUUCGAUGACAUAGACAAGCUCACACUUUUGAGUCUCGAGUUCACCUGGAGUGCCGAGGAUGAUCCUAUUAGGAAGGUGAUACUUGAGGAAAUGAAGAAGAUUAAGAGUGGAAAGGAGCUAGUGGAAGAAGUAAGGAAGAUUGAGAAGAACAUCAAUGCUGGCAGUACUAUCUCUUCCCUCCUUGAGUUGAGUGUGGCCGAGAUUCCCCUUGAUACAUGUGAGGUUCCAACACCGUCACAUCCAGUUGAGCAAGAUAGCAAGAGUCCUGAGGAAGAAAGACCUCAGAUUGAAGAAGAUGAACUAGAAGACAAGGAACAAGAUGGUCAAGAGCUGCAAUUCCUAACUGAUCAAGUUGAAGACUCAUCAUCUAUUACUCCUGAAGAAGUACAAGAAGCUGCUGUAGAUGAAGAUGAAGAACAUGAGAUUCAUUUGCCUAUUGUCAUACCAGAGCAUGAUGUGUCAGGUUUACCCAAUCCUCUCAAUGACAUGCGUCCUUAUGAUUCCUUUGCUUCUACCUUGCAUUGCAUGAUGCCAUCUGUUAAAGUAGAUUUGAAAAAGUAUUUGCUUGGAUAUGAUCAUAUAUACCCUAUUAGUGGCAUUACUCACAUUAAUGAUGAUCACAGUUACUUUCCUCGUGCUAGACCUCUGCUUAAUGAAACAUAUCAUUCUUAUGCUAGUCUUGAGCUUAAUGAAAAAUAUCAUCCUCAUGUUAGUGUUGACUUUGCUGAUUUCUAUCAUCCUAAACAUGUGCUUUAUAGCUAUGCUUAUGUAAUUGGAUAUUCGAUUGAUGACUUGGAGGGUAUUAUCCCUACCACUUGCAUUGUCUCUUUCGUUGAGUGCUCUUUCAGGUUUUUGCUUGUGCACGAUCCAUUACAUGCUGACCAGGUUCGAGGUGACAUUCCUUGGGACCCUGGUGGACUCAGAGCAUGGGGAUGAGGAGAAGCAAGGGGCACAUACGAAGAAGAGUGAAGCUGGAGCAUGCAUGAGGAUAGGGAAGCAAUAGGAGAGGAGUCACAAUGCACAAGGAAGCAAAGAGGAGCUGCAGUUGAUGAGGUGAUCGAGCGAGUGCUACUUCCUAUGAAAACCCGGUGAGCUGUUUCAUGACCCAUUCCUAGUAUAUCAUCCAUUGAUACAUGCUGAAAUCAAAUGUUAUUUGGGUUGCUUAAGCCAUGUCUUAAAUGUUGCCCCACUGAAUUUUACUCGACAUAUGGUGCUUGAUGAGAAUAUGUGAACUGAGUGUUGAAUGCCUGGUAAACUAGUGAUCUUUACAAUGCUUGCUUUGCUGAAAUUAGUGAAAGCUAUUAGUUUUGAGUGCUCAAAUCCCUAGUACACUAGAAAACUUAAUCAUUUUCUGCUUUUACCUUGAUACACCUAGAUCACCAUGUUUAGAUGUUGAAUUUGUGCUAAGUGUGUUCCCAUUGAGAGCAAUCACCUAACCACUAUGGAUUAGCAUGCUAUGUUCCCUGGAUCGGUAGCAUGUGAACCAGACAUGGAGAAGUGAUGAUUCCUGUUUUUGUGCUUAUGCGUUGUUCAUUUAAGAUACGUAAUAAUGAAUAAAUAAGUCUGGCUACCUAUAGUAGCAUGUCAUGUUCCCGGGAUCGGUGGCAUGUGAAAUCGGGUUAGCUUGGGCAGUAAUUAUUAAUAAAAAAAUGUAAUUGUCGAACCAGGUGUAUACCAUGUUCUCGGGAUCG